GAAAAAAACUGGCUUGAGUCAGAAGUUAAAUCACGGAAAAGAUAUGUGUAGCUGCUUAAUCUAGAGGAAGCCUUGCGAGGAGGAUCUGAAAGAAAGAAGCAGAGCAUUUGCUGAGAUAGUUUAUAUAGGCUUUUGUUCUCGCUCUCAAAGCCUCUCUAUUGUCAUUACCCAGCUUGGUGGCCACAGGGAUCGGGUUCAUCUUCUUGAUAUGGAGUCCGCCAUUAAGACGUUGGUGACCACGUUUGUUAAAUCUUCCAGGGGGAAGGAGAACCUAGACAGCAAAUCCUUCCAGAAACUGGUGGAGAAAAACCUCAGUGGUGUCAUGGAAGAUGCAAGCAACUCCUCUGCUGUUAAGGAGAUGCAGAGGGGACUGGAUGAAAACAGCGAUGGAAAGGUCAGCUUCGAGGAAUACCUUACCCUGAUAGGUUACUUGGCUAACUCGAUGAGUCAGCGCAAGACUGAAAGCAAUCCAGAUUCAUCGUAGAUACUCUUGAAGUUGCAGUAUUUGGAGAGGAUCUGCAUUCAGCCAAUUUUUUUUUCUUUUUGAGCUUAUUAAAUGUCUUUUUUUUUUUUCAUUUCCAAACAUUCCAGCCACCAUGUAUACAUCAGAUCAUAAUGAUUUUUCUCUGAGAUAGUUAACCGGCUAUACUAGAUCUUAAUGUCUGUUCAAAUGAACCUUUAUGUAGUAACACUGUCACUGAAGGAUUCUGAGCUGGUCUUUUUUAUACCAAUCCUACAUUUUAUACCAGUGUUUUCAAAAUAAAAGCUUUAUAUUAAAAUUUAA